UUUCACUUACUUUUUUUUUCUCGCCUUUUAUUUGCAUAAAACAUGGCAGCUCCCCAGAGCACGCGAGAGCAGUUGCUUCUACUGGUCGAUGACAUCGAAAUAAUUGCUAAAGAGCUGUUUGAAAACAUCAUUGCUCCGAAGAAUCAACGACUGUCAGCGGCGGAACAUAGCCAGCUUGCCGAAUUGCUAGUUUCAAAGGACGAAGAGCUGAAACAUACACUGGUGAUAGCUGCAGGACAGGCAGAAGUUCAGAAAACGAUAAACAGUCUCCAAGAAGAAGUAGAAAAGCAAGACCAUGACAUACAGAUGCUUCAAUGGCAGCUGAGAGACGCGGAAAGUUUGAUGUCUACAGCUAUAUAUCAGGCGAAGCAGAAGCUGCAGAGCAUUGAGAAGGCAAAUGCGAGGGCAGUCUCAUCAGAAGAGCUUAUCAAAUAUGCUCAUCGAAUCAGUGCGAGCAAUGCCGUGGCAGCGCCACACAAUUGGCAGCAAGGUGACCCACGAAGGCCAUACCCGACGGAUAUAGAGAUGCGGCAGGGUUACCUCGGCCGACUGAGCGAUCUUCCUCUCACGGGGCCACCCCUCCAGCCACAGGGGAGCUUGGGAGACCUGAAUGCUGCUCGUCACCUUGCUCUGACCGCCAACUACCGACCAGGAAGAUGGGUAAAAGAGCCUAAGGAAGCUAUUCGCCUUAAAAGGAAUCUGGCUCUGACCAGAAUCCACUUGGGCAGUCAUUUUCAUGGCAGAUUGGAGGAGACAUCAAGCCACCCAUCUCUAGCAACCACAACUCUGUUGGCAUGGAUGCCAAAAGCAAAGAGAAUGAAGACGUUGAGGUCAUGUCAACGGACUCAUCUAGCAGCUCUUCCAGUGAUAGCCAGUGAACAGACACUUAUCAUUUCUCAUUGUAGAUAUCAACAAAAAGUGUUUUUGAACAACCUGCGUGGCAUGGUGUUGGGCUAUUCUUUCACCAUAGGCGUGUGGUGUGUGUACACUGUGCCAUGGAACUCACGUGUAGUCAAAUGGAGUGUGUACCCAAAUGUAACUUCUGUGCAAGAUCACCUGGAACGCUUCAGCAUAGCACAGUUGAAUGGAGCAAACCGCCCUGCCAAUAUAUACAGGUUUGUACAUUCCUUAAAGCAUUCUUGUGCCAAGAAUCAGCUUCAAUGCCAGCUACGAUAGCAACGAACCUGUUCCCCAUUUCCUUAAUUGUCGCAUAUGAGCAAAAUAAUGGAAGAAAUAGUGGCUGAAAGACUUCACUUGUUCCUCAAAGUUGAACGAAAGCUGUAUCACACACAAACAGGCUUCCAUGCUUGCUUGUCAGCGCAACACAGCCUCCUUAUGAUGGCAUGAAGACCUAACCUCUGUGCGCUUGCAAGCACCCCGAAUACUAGCCACCAUUGAUAUACACAAGGCUUUUGACAAUGUAGGAGUACAUGCUAUGUUGCAAGAAAUGCACGCAGUAGGACUAGAAGGUCGCAUAGUGACGUACAUCAUGUCGCUAUUGACAAACUGCACUCAAGAUAGCAGAUCUAUUCUUGCCGCUCCAUUACAUCACACAUGGCCUUCUGCAAUGCUCAGUGUUGUCCCCUGUUCUUUUUAACAUAGCCAUGCACUGUCUCCCAUAUCUCUCAAAGAUAGACAGGUCACAUUGCUCAAUAUACGCAAACAUCACAGUAUGGACCAUCGGAGGGUCAUUUGAUGAGCAGCAACAUGCCAUAUCCAAGCAGCUCUAGAUGCAAUGCAGCAUAGGCG